UUAUCUCUCCAAAUCCGUGGGCUUGUCCCGGAACUACGCGAAUGGAGUUCUUUACCGAGGCAUCGAACUCGCCUACAACAAAACCCAUGAUCCAGUUUACCUUGACUUCCUACAAUCUCAAAUGUCCGCUGUGGUAAGUGACUCGGGCGAAUUGAUUAACUACAACCUCAGCGCCAAAAUCUCCGUCGACGAUCUCCGGAUCGGUACCAAUUUCCUGGCUCUCUGGGCAUCCACUGGGGAAGAGAAGUUCAAGCUCGCUGCCGAUGUCCUCCGACACCAGAUCGAUGUCACGCCGCGUAAUGAGGGUGGCGGGCUCUGGCAUCGCUACCCGACAUAUCCCAAUCAAAUGUGGCUGGACGGGAUCUACAUGGUGACCAAUUUCUAUGCGCUUUAUACCGCAUGGUUUGAUCCCGGAAACAGUACCGCCUGGGAUGAUAUUAUGCUGCAGUUCGACUUGAUCGAAGAGCAUUGUUUGACGACGGAUGGUCUGUUAGUUCACGGCUUUGACUAUAGUAAAACUGCUGUUUGGGCUGAUCCUGAGACAGGUGGCGCACCCCUUGUCUGGAAUCGCGCUCUUGGAUGGUACUUUAUGUCCCUUGUGGACAUCCUUGAUUGCUUCCCUAUGUCUCACCCAGGCUGGCAGAGGAAUCUACAUCGGUUCCAGAAACUCGCAGAAGCACUCAAACAAACUCAGGAUAAAAGUGGUGGGUGGUGGUUGAUCAUGAAUGGGCUAUAUCCAAACGAUCCUAGGAACUACAUUGAGAGCAGUGGCUCUGCUAUGUUUACUUACGGCUUCCUAAAGGGAAUCCGCAAAGGAUACUUGAAAAGAGGGGAUUAUUUCCUGGAUGCUCUUAAGGGGUAUAAGUUUUUAGUUGAGAGGUUUCUGAGCAAGAAUGACAACGGGACGCUGAACUGGGAGGGGACGGUGGAGGUGGGAAGUUUGAGCAGUAACGGCAGUUUUGAGUAUUAUGUGUCUGUGCCUAUUGCGCAGAAUGAUUACAAAGGGGCGGGACCGUUUAUCUACGCCAGCUAUGAGCUUGAAGCAUAUUGAUCUGGAGUUUUGCAGUGUGUGAAAUCAACUCCAAGCAGACAUCCUAUAGCUCAGAGUUGUUAGAGCAUGGGUCAGCAUUUCAGCCUAGUUAUAGUUGAGUACUCCGUGGACGAGGACCACACAUAUCAGUCACCGAUAGACUUAGGGUGUACUUGAGACAAAUUCAAAGAGUUCUAUGACCGAGGAUAACAAGUCGAACCUGCUAGCAUCAAGAAACGUUUCUUGAGAGUAUUUUGCCAACUUCUUCAUUGACUUUAGAAUCCCCAUAUAGAACGGUCAAUUUUACACAUGCUUAAUCGUGAGAGGCUCGGUUCUCAUAUGUAGCUAACAAAAUAUAUAUAUAUUACGCGACUUGAACUACAUACAUGGCAUGAUCACGUUUUGUGUGCACACAUGUCGCUUCAUGAUCGGCAGCUAUCUC